CAAGCUCAACUGCCCUCGGUAUUUGACCUGAACGACCCCGGCCUCGCCGUCGCGCGAGUUCUUCCUUCCUAUAAUUCUUGACGACCUCCUCGGCCACUCACAGCCCGGAGAGCACCAAUGUCGUCGCCAAGCUCUACCAGUACAGCCUCGCACGGAGCAUCUCACUCUGCUCUGCCGGCAAUGCAACACUACUCUCGGUCGAAUCCUAUUGACUUGACACUCGAUGACGACGACCGCGAUCCAUAUCAGCCCGAGGACAGGCUUCUCAAAAGACCAUGCCCCAGCUCGCGCAGCUUUAACGCCUCAUGCGAAUCGAUGUCGGAGGAGCGAGCGCGCUCUCAACCACAGUCCUCCGGUCUUACACCCGUGAUGUCCGCUUCCGCGAUCCUUCCCCCCAUAGGACAGCCAAACAUGCCCCCGCAUUCAUCUCCAUGGCAGCACCAACCUCAUCUUCGAGGGCCGCAAGCUCUAAUACCAUCUUCCAUUCGCCCGCCACCGUUCAAUGGCCCAUCUACUUCCUCUGCGUUUUUCCCGGACCGAGCCAAGCCUGAGGCCACACAGCGACUCUCAAUACCUGCGCCGUCCCCGUCUCGCCAUGGACUUAUGCGAUCAAGUAGCUCGUCCCGGCAAGUCAUUGAUCUGACGAGUUCUCCAUCCCCUCCCCCGGUCGCGCUUCAUCCGCCCCAACCACAGCAGGGAAAUUUGCCGCCGGACUUACCUCCCAAGACACCCGUAUGUAUCGGGCAAUUGACGGUCACAGCGCUCGUCUUGUACCCGAUACCAUAUCUCCUUGCUCAAGAGCAUGCUGACGCCGAGUGGGCGCCGGUACGCUUGACUUACGAGCAUACGCCACACAAGGCAGCAGGCUCGGAGACGAUUCAUAUCAAGACGCCUUCUAGCAAGUCUCCAGCGGGCGAGGUCUUGCAGGGCGAGAGUUUCGCAUUUGUCGAGCAGAAGGCCGCCGCCUUCUUGGGCCCCAUGCUGGGGAAGGGCCUCAUCCGAUUAGAUGCUAAGGUGCGGCGUGGUAUGCCUAAUCUUCCUAUAUUGCCUCUACAGUUGCUAGUCUACACGCCCAAGGGCAAUAUUCCAGUCGUCGCGGGCUACCUACAACAGUCUGGGCUUCUGCUUGAUCACCCCACGCUCCCUGGAGACAUCCACCGCGUAAUGAGCCAAUAUUACUACAACCCUCAUAAUCCUCCGCCGGGCGGUCACAAUCGAAAUAACUACCAGAACGGCCGCGUGGGCUACUCCGGGCCAGGGGGCAACAACAUGGGCCGAUGGGCCGCUCCUGGAGUAUCCGGCAAGAGUGUUGAAAUUCAGCGCAGCCAGGUCGACGAGUUAUUCAAGAGCUUGCGAGAUGGAGACGAAUUGCAGGAGACUGAACCUACACCUGAGAUAGCGACCACACUCUACCCUCACCAGAAGAAGGCGCUGACGUUUCUUUUGGAACGAGAAAGGGAGCGUCCCGGCUCGGGCCCGUCUGGCAAGCAUUCGUCUCUCUGGCAGGAGCGAGUGAAUCCUAUCACGGGUCAACGCUCGUGGAUGCACCUCAUCACGCAGCGAGAGACUCAUCGAGACCCUCAGGAAGCUAAGAGCUGUAUACUCGCCGACGAUAUGGGUUUGGGCAAGACCAUCACAUGCGUAUCUCUCAUCGCCGCGACAUUACCCUCUGCACGUCAAUACGCUGCUACGCCCAUUGUGCGGCCGAGCGCGCUACCCGAGCUCUCGGAGCCUACAUUGACUGCCGAUCAUUUCGCCGGAAGUGUGUGGGGCAUGCCGACGCAGCACGGACAAGGCAGUUCUUCCAAGGGCAAGGCGAAGUCCAGCCGGGAGCAGGAUCGCGAGGAUGCCGGGUACGCGAGGGCAUGUCGCAUCAAGGUCCGGACCCGCGCGACACUCAUCAUCUGCCCGCUAUCGACGGUAUCCAACUGGGAAGACCAGUUCCGAGAGCAUUGGCGGGGUGAAGUUCAGGUCGUGGGAGGCGGCGGCGGCGUCGGGGGUAGUGCUACUAGUGGGACUUCUACGCCCUGCCCCAAUGCCCUUCCCAAUGGCUCAGGAUUGUACACCUUUGCGACCAGCUCUGCGUCGACCUUGGUGAAGGCAGAGCCACAUACGACUCUUGGGCGCAUCCGCGAGGGAGCGCCCCUCCGCGUCUAUGUCUACCACGGCAAUGCACGACGCCCCGAUCCUACGUUCCUGGCGGACUUCGACGCGGUUAUCACCACGUACUCGACUCUAGCUUCGGAGUUUUCGAAGCAGACGAAGAGCAUGGCCUCCGCGGAGGACGACGAUGACGAGGACGACAAUAGCUCGGACGGCGAGCGUCUCGAGGUCGACGAAAGGGGAAAUCAGUUUAUCAAGCUCUCGAAGCCGAAGAAGGCUGGGAAGAAGAGAAAGAAGUGUGGCAAUGGCGUGGAGGUGACGAGUCCUUUGCAGAGCGUCGACUGGUUCAGAGUCGUUCUCGACGAAGCCCACUCGAUCAAGGAGACGAGUACUGUCGCCUGCCGGGCCUCGUGCGAUCUCGUUGCAGAUCGCCGACUAUGCCUGACGGGUACCCCCGUUCAGAAUAAGCUGGAUGACGUAUACGCUCUCAUCAAGUUCCUCCGCUUAGAGCCGCUCGACGACAAGGGCAUCUGGACGGAGUUCAUUGGCACGCCUGUCAAAUACGGACAACCCCUUGGCGUUGCGCGUCUGCAAACGAUUAUGAAGUGCAUUACUCUUCGUCGCACGAAGGAGUCGACAGCGGAAGACGGUCGCAAGAUCCUCUCGCUUCCACCGAGGAAGGACGAGUUACGCUAUCUGAAGUUCGACGCAGAGGAGCAGGCGAUAUACGACCAGUUCUUCACCGAGUCGAAGGCCGAGUUCAACGAGCUAUCAGACAAGAAUGAAGUCAUGAAGAACUAUGUCGGCAUCCUCCAGAAGAUCCUCCGCCUGCGUCAGAUCUGUGAUCACUUCGAGCUCGUACGGGACAAGGGACUUGGCCUCAUCGGCGAUGGACAGGAUCAGUCGGUCUCCUACGACGACAUUGUAGCGACGGUCGCUCGAGAGGGCCUCAAUCCGCAGCGCGCCACGACGAUCUUCGCCCUCCUCAGGGAAGCAGGCGUCACGCAGUGCGUCGAGUGUGGUUGCGAGCUUGCCGGCUCGCAGGACAACCUUGACGGCGGUCUGGGCGAGAUGGACGGCGCCACAGGUUCUGGCAAGCGCGGCAGGAAACCCAAAGCCGGAUCAUCCCGAACGUCGACACGUCAGAAUAGUCCGUCUGCGCCGCAUCCCAUCCUCACUCGCUGUCAACACCUCUUCUGCAUUCUCUGCUUCCGUAAUUCCGUCGCUCCUGGUUGGCCCAAUGUCUCGCAUGACAUCGGGCGGUGUUGUUCUGUGUGUCAGACUGGGCUCAACUUCUACGACGUUGUCGAAGUCAAUCCUGAAACGGCUACGCCGGACUCACUGGCAAAGAAGAAAGCAAUCAAGAAGGAGAAGAGGCAGAAAGGUAUCCUGCUAGAGAACUUCCAUCCGUCCACGAAGGUGAAGGCUCUCCUGUCCGAUCUAAUGGAGUCCUCGAGAGGGAAUCCGUACUCGGCGAACUACGAUCCAUCAUCGAUUGAACUACAAAUGGUCGACGGUGAUGGCAAUGCCAUCGGGGAUGGUGUGGUAAAGACGGUGGUCUUCUCGCAAUGGACGACCAUGCUCGAUAAGGUCGAAGACGCGUUGGAAAUUGCGGGCAUCCGCUACAGUCGGUUGGAUGGCACCAUGAAGCGUGAUGAACGAACACGAGCUAUGGAAUCAUUGAAGCAUGAUCCUUCCUGCGAGGUUCUACUUGUCAGCUUGAAGGCUGGCGGAGUAGGUCUCAAUCUUACCGCCGCUCAGCGCGUCUAUUUGAUGGAUCCGUAUUGGAAUCCUGCUGUGGAGAACCAAGCCGUCGAUCGUAUUCAUCGACUCGGUCAAACACGGCCUGUCCUCACGGUCAAAUUCAUCAUCGAGAAUUCCAUUGAGGAUCGGCUGCUGGAAGUGCAAAGGAAGAAGACCGAGCUCGCGAAUAUGACCUUGGGGGGUUCGAGCUUCAGCAAGGCGGAGAUGCUUCAUCGCCGCCUCGAAGAAUUGAGCGAGUUGUUUGGGGGCUAGGUAACAUAUUGAUAUGAUAUUUUGCUAGACGAUCCCAACUGUACGACCGUCCUGUACCUUAGUUCUCCUGGAUGUAAUAGCUGUCGCGCUUUGAAAUGAGUAGUAAUCCUUCCAUUGCUGUUGAAGUACACUGAAC